AUGAAGCUGCGGCUCCAGCAGGUUCAACAAGCUCAACAGGAAGAAAACCGGUCCAAGGGUAACACGGAGGGAGAGGGGGAUAGCCAACAGAGGGAAACCCCCCGGAGACCAACUACUCCGGACGAACAGAACUCAGAUCUUCUUUGGGAAAUGAGGAAAGAGAUGGACGAACUAAGGAGCGCUAUCAAGGAAAAGACAGACCGGAAUGUAGACAAGAUGGUAAGGGCUACAGAUUCGCCCUUCACUGCAGCGCUAAGUAGUGCUUUCCUACGUCACUUCAUAGGGGGACAACGCCCAAGGAGACCAAUAGAUUACUUACUCACCAUAAGACAAGGAGAGAAGGAGACUCUGAGGUCAUAUGUCAAGCGAUUCACCCGGGAAACUCUGGAGGUGGACGAAGCUGAUGACAAGGUGCAACUGACGACCUUCAAGGCAGGGUUGAAAUCCAGAAACCUUGUAGCCUCUCUUGCCAAAAACCCCCCGAAGACAAUGGCUGAGAUGCUCCUGAAGGCCCAAAAAUACAUGAACGCGGAAGACGCCCUAGCUGCCAUAAAAGAUACCGAGAGGCUAGGAGACAAGUCCAAGAGGGAAGACGACCGCAGAGGGCCAUUACACUCGUCCCCCAACGUACGUGACAAGAACAAGUAUUGCCGGUUCCACAGAGACCACAGCCACAACACAGAAGAUUGCAGAGACCUGAAAGAACAAAUAGAGGAGUUAAUACGGAAAGGAAAGUUGCAGAAAUUUGUAAAGAAAGGAGAAUAUAGCAAGUUCAGAAACGACAACAGGACCCAAAAUGAAUCCUUCACUCGGGAUGACGACCAUACGUCCCAACCUCCACGCAAAGUGAUCAGGGAGAUAAACACGAUCACGGGAGGACCAUUCUCAGGAGGGUCAUUCAGAUCGCUUAGAAAAGCAUACCACAGACAGGUAAACAGCGUCCACGCCAUUCCUCCGUCCAAGUACCGACGAACAUACCAAGAUAUGUCCUUUAAUGAAGGAGACGCCAGGGGAGUGAAACAGCCUCACAACGAUCCCCUGGUCAUAGUGCUGAAUAUAGAAGGGUUCAAUACCAGAAGGAUCCUUGUUGAUAACGGAAGCUCAGCAGAUAUCAUCUACCUCCCAGCCUUCCAGCAGUUGAAGUUAGAUCCAAAAAGGCUCCGUCCUUUUGACUCUCCGCUUGUCAGUUUCAGUGGAGACAGGGUCUACCCCAGGGGUAUAGUGACUCUGACGGUGACAGCAGGGACCUAUCCGUUGCAGCUGACCAAACAGGUAGAUUUCCUGGUUGUAGAUUGUCCCUCGUCCUACAAUGUCAUCAUUGGGAGACCUACCCUAAACAAGUGGAAGGCGGCAACGUCCACAUACUGUUUGAAGGUGAAAUUCCCAACAGACGAGGGUGUAGGUGAGGUGAAGGGCGAUCAGGUCCUGGCAAGGGAGUGCUACCAGGCCGUACUGGCAAGAAAGGAGAACCACACGUGGACGAUAGAAGAAAAAGAGGAAGACGGAGUGGAGAUCCUGGAAGCCGUGGAGUUGGUAGAAGGAAAUGCGGACAGGACAACCAGGAUAGGGACGACGCUAAGCCCUGAGAUGAGAGCGAGACUCAUAAAGUUCCUUAAAGGGAAUCUUGAUGUCUUUGGAUGGAGUCACGAGGACAUGCCAGGCAUAUCUCCAGAGAUCAUCCAGCAUAGACUGAAUGUGGACGCCAACAGGAAGCCCGUUCAGCAACGACGAAGAACUUUCGCUCCAGAGCGAGAUCAGGCAGUAGCAGAAGAGGUAACCAAACUCUUGACGGCUGGGUUCAUCCGAGAGGUAUACUACCCAGAGUGGCUCGCCAACGUCGUCCUGGUAAAGAAACCAAAUGGAAAGUGGAGAAUGUGUGUAGACUUCACCGACCUGAAUAAAGCAUGCCCAAAGGACAGCUUCCCUCUACCAAGGAUAGACCAACUCGUGGACUCUACCGCUGGACACAAGUUGUUGACGUUCAUGGACGCCUUCUCAGGGUACAACCAGAUAAAGAUGGCUGAAGAAGACCAGGAGAAGACCGCCUUCAUCACCAGCCAGGGACUCUAUUGUUACAAGGUGAUGCCUUUUGGGUUGAAAAAUGCUGGAGCUACAUACCAGAGGUUGGUAAACAAAAUGUUCAACCAACAAAUUGGCAGAAACAUGGAGGUAUACGUAGACGAUAUGCUCGUCAAGAGUAAGGAAGAGCUCGCUCAUCUGGACGACCUGGAGGAGACUUUUGCAACCCUGAGAAAACACCAGAUGAAGCUGAAUCCUAGCAAAUGUGUUUUUGGGGUAGCCUCGGGAAAAUUCCUGGGAUUCAUGGUGUCCCAGAGAGGAAUAGAAGCCAAUCCAGAAAAAGUACAAGCUAUCAUUGACAUGGCUCCACCCAAGACCGUCAAGGAUGUACAAAAACUUACGGGAAUGAUAGCAGCUCUAAACAGGUUCGUCUCUAGGGCCACAGACAAAUGCUUGCCCUUUUUCAAAACCCUCAAGCAGGCCUUUACUUGGACUGACGAAUGCGAAGCAGCGUUCCAAGAGUUGAAGCGAUAUCUGAGCAGUCCACCUCUCCUGAGCCCGUCCAAAGGAGGGGAGAACCUAUAUUUGUACCUGGCAGUAUCAGCCUCGGCAGUCAGCGCAGCCUUGAUUAGAGAAGAAGGCAAGAAGCAACUCCCGGUGUACUACGUCAGCCAGGCCUUUCAAGGAGUUGAGUUCAGGUACCCAAGAAUUGAAAAGAUUGCGUUCGGGCUUAUAGUAGCCUCGCGCAAGCUCAGACCUCAGUUUGACAUCGAGUAUCAUCCAAGAGCAGCCAUCAAGGCACAAGCUCUGGCUGACUUCAUCGCUGAAUUCACUCUUCCAGACGAAGAAGGGACUACCGACGAAGUUGAUAAAUGGAUAAUACAGACAGAUGGUUCGUCAGCCCAAAAGAGGGGGGGAGUAGGGGUCGUCAUAACCACCCCCGACGGAGAAGUGAUGAAAUAUGGAGUUCAACUGGAGUUCCCAGCCACCAAUAACGAAGCCGAAUAUGAAGGAAUAUUGAUGGGCUUGAGGCUGGGAAAAGCUCUUGGUGCCAAAAACUUGCUUAUCCAGAGUGAUUCAAAGCUGGUAAUCGGACAGAUCAGUGGAGAGUACGAGGCAAAGGAAGAAAGGAUGCAGAAAUACCUUAAACUGACGAGGCAGUUAACCCAGGAGUUCGACACAGCGGAUUUCAUCCAGAUACCAAGAAACCAGAAUAUUGGAGCUAACGAAGUGUCAAAACUAGCGUCGUCAGAAGCAGGAAGGGCGAGCACAGACGUGGCAAUAGAAAUUCAGAAAUACCCAAGUAUUGAAGAGGUGGCAGUGCUCACCACCCAGAGCACAAACACCUGGAUGACGCCCUUAAUAUCCUUCCUCCGAGACGGGCGCUUACCCCAGAAUACUGACGAAGCCAGAAAGGUCAAAAAGAGAGCAGCCAGGUUCACGAUCCUAAAUGACGUCUUGUACAAAAGAGGCUUCUCUAUGCCCUACCUGAAGUGCGUCGACGAGGACGAGGCCAAAUACAUCCUAGAAGAAGUACACGGAGGAGUCUGUGGCGACCAUGCCGGCCCCAGAUCCCUAGUAAACAAGGUGAUAAGAGCGGGGUACUUUUGGCCAACCAUGCAGGGGGAUGCUGCUAACCUCGUCAGAAGAUGCAACAAAUGCCAGCGGUACGGAAAUGUACAACGGCUUCCAGCAGAGAAGAUGACGACCAUAUCCUCCCCAUGGCCAUUCGCGCAAUGGGGAAUCGACAUCGUCGGUCCUCUGCCCCAAGAGGCCCUAGCAACCAUCACUGAGGCUCGGAUCCGGAGCUUCGUGUGGAAAAACAUUAUCUGCAGGUUCGGGAUCCCUUUGACGAUCAUAUCUGAUAAUGGGAAGCAGUUCGAUAGCCAAGGCUUCAGAGAGUUCUGCUCGGACCUCGGGAUCAAGAAUCAGUUCUCAUCCCCGGGACACCCCCAGGCAAAUGGACAGACGGAAGUAACAAACAGGACGUUGCUCAAGAUAAUCAAAACCAAGCUGGACGAAGCAAAAGGAGAGACACCCUUCAGGCUUACCUACGGCUCAGAAGCAGUGAUCCCAGUAGAAGUUGGAGUAACAAGCAUCAGGCGAGGAGCUUUCAAAGAGGGACUCAAUGACGAGGGGCUACGGUUCAACCUGGAUUGCUUGGAUGAAAUAAGAGACAAUGCGUCCAGUAGAAUGACACAGUAUCAAAAGAAAAUGGCCGAGUAUUACAAUAAGAGGGUCAAGCUCAGGCGUCUGGCCAUAGGGGACCUCGUCCUUCGCAAAGUCACUAUAGCCACUAAAGACCCUACUCAAGGGAAGCUGGGCCCUACAUGGGAAGGGCCAUAUCGCGUCGUUCACUACUCUAGGCAAGGGAGUUACCAUCUGGAAACUAUGGACGGACGAAAGCUCCCUCGUCCUUGGAACAUUGAGCAUUUAAACAAAUACCAUGAGUAA